AUGACGCUACUGCUCCGCGAAGAACACGUUAAAUUAUUACAUUACGGUCCACAGCAGCUUCUUAGUUCCAUACGCAAUAGAUACUGGCCUCAAUCCGGAGCACGAGAGGUUCGUAAAAUAACACGUGAUUGUGUGCCGUGCUUUCGGUACAAACCUAAAGCACAAGAACACUUAAUGGACCUACCAGAAUCUAGAGUCAUUACAUUCUGUAAGCCCUUCAAAAUCACAGGGAUUGACUAUGCAGGACCUUUGCAGGUCAGAGAAAGUCGAAGAAGAGGACGGAUUCAUAUAUCGAAAAGUUAUAUUGUCGUGUUUACUUGCUUUACAACAAAAGCAGUACAUUUAGAGUUGGUCAGCGAUCUGACUACAGCAACAUUCUUAGCAGCACUUCGGCGAUUUAUAAGUCGUAGAGGACUUUGUUCUACUAUUUAUUCAGAUAACGCUACAAAUUUUAUAGGAGCAGCACGAGAACUCGAAGAUAUCUAUACGUUCCUGAAAAUUCAUAACCCAGAAUUGCAAACAAUAUUAGCAGCCCAGAGGAUCGAGUGGAAAUUUUUACUUCCAAAAUCACCCCAUUUUGGUGGUUUAUGGGAGGCCGCAGUAAGAUCUGUUAAAAGGCAUUUGUACACAGUAAAAAAAGGAUUGACUUAUACAUUCGAAGAAUACAAUACUCUGCUCGUUGAAAUAGAAUCAGUUUUAAACUCUUGUCCCCUCAUGCCAGUACCCUCAGACUCUAACGAAAUAUCAAUUCUUACUCCUUCCCACUUCCUGAUUGGGACUUCACUAUCAGAACCUGUUUCAAAAAAUUACCUCGAGAUUUCAGACAAUCGUUUGGCUAGAUGGCAGCAUGUCCAGAAGCUGAAGUAA